AUGUUCGUGAAGCAGAUUAUCAUCCAGGGCUUUAAGAGCUACAAGGACCAGACCGUCAUCGAGCCUUUUUCGCCGAAGCAUAAUGUGAUCGUCGGGCGCAACGGAUCGGGAAAGAGUAAUUUCUUUGCCGCGAUCCGGUUUGUCCUCAGCGACGCCUACACCCAUAUGGGCAGAGAGGAGCGCCAGGCCUUACUGCACGAAGGAUCUGGGUCUGCCGUAAUGUCGGCCUAUGUUGAGAUUAUUUUUGAUAACUCCGAUGAACGUUUCCCGACCGGAAAGAAUGAGUUAAUCCUACGCCGUACUAUUGGGUUGAAGAAAGAUGAAUACACGCUGGAUCGCAAGAAUGCUACCAAGGCGGAUGUGAUGAACUUGUUGGAGUCGGCCGGUUUUUCUCGUUCGAAUCCGUAUUACAUCGUCCCCCAAGGUCGCGUCACAACAUUGACGAAUAUGAAAGACUCGGAACGUUUGGUUUUGCUAAAAGAAGUUGCCGGUACUCAGGUUUAUGAAGCGCGUCGUGCAGAGUCCUUGAAGAUUAUGAAUGAAACAAAUAACAAAAUUGCCAAGAUCGACGAAUUGUUAGAUUAUAUCAACGAACGUCUAGGAGAGUUGGAGGAGGAAAAAGAUGAACUAAAGAACUUUCAAGAGAAGGAUAGAGAAAGAAGGUGCCUCGAAUAUACUAUCUACUCUCGAGAACAGGCGGAAAUCGCCGCUGCACUCGAGAAUAUUGAGAAUCAAAGACAGACUGGUGUCGAAGAUACAGAUGCGAACCGCAAUAAAUUCAUCCAAGGCGAGAAUGAUAUUGCUCAGAUCGACGCUGAGAUUGCAGAGCGGAAGCAACAGAUAGAGCUUCUUAAAGUGGAAAGGACGCAAUUGGAGGACGACAGGCGCGAUGCUUCUCGAGUCCUCGCCCAGGCCGAGUUACAAGGGAAAUCCCUUGCGGAGGGGCAAUCAGCUGCUCAACAAGCCAAAGCUCGCCGUGAAACAGAGCUGAGCACCGUGCAAAAUGCCAUUAAAGAGCGCGAGGCGGAACUUAACAAGCUUACACCUCAAUUCAAUGCACUUAAGGAAGAAGAAGAAGUAUCCAAAGCGAAAUUGACCGAGGCCGAGACAACUCGCCAGAGGCUCUAUGCUAAACAAGGCCGAAUCUCCAGGUUCAGAAACAAAUCGGAGAGAGAUAAAUGGCUACAGAAAGAAAUUCAAGAUACUUAUACUUCGCUCUCAACCGUGAAAGCCGUUCGCAUGCAAACAGCCGAGGAAAUAACCGAUUUGGAGAACGAAAUCGCACUUAUAGAGCCUGAGACCGAGAAGCUCCGAAAGCAAUUCGAUGGACGAGGCGACGCUAUGCAAUCUAUGGAGCAAGAAGUCCAGCGGGCGAAAGAUGAAAGGGAUAGCCUGAUGGACCAAAGAAAAGAACUUUGGAGAGAGGAGGCUAAACUUGACUCGAUCUUGUCCAAUGCUUCUCAGGGAGUGGAUCGUGCGGAGAGGAAUCUUUCGCACAUGAUGGAUCAUAACACAAGCCGCGGCAUCGCUGCAGUACGUCGAAUAAAGCGACAAUAUAAUCUUGAUGGUGUAUAUGGAACGAUGGCGGAGUUAUUUGAAGUCAGCGAUAGAUAUCGUACCGCUGUCGAAGUUACUGCUGGACAUAGUCUUUUCCAUUAUGUUGUGGACACUGACGAUACAGCUACGAAGGUAUUGGAGAUAUUACAGAAGGAGAAGUCUGGCCGAGUAACGUUCAUGCCUUUGAAUCGCCUAAAACCUCGGCCUGCCAACCUCCCAAGGGCUAGUGACACCAUUCCUAUGAUCGAAAAGCUCCAAUAUGACUCAAAAUAUGAGAAGGCUUUCCAACAGGUUUUUGGGCGCACAAUUAUUUGUCCGAACCUUCAAGUUGCAUCUCAAUAUGCACGCAGCCAUGGCGUCAAUGCCAUCACUCCAGAAGGCGAUAGGUCGGAUAAGCGGGGUGCACUGACGGGUGGUUUCCACGAUUCUCGUGUGUCACGCCUUGAUGCAAUGAAGACUCUGACGAAGUGGCGUGACGAAUUAGAAGCGAAGGGAAAUCGGGGCGCUGAAAUCCGUCGCGAGCUUGAUAAGAUGGACCAGCUAAUCACAAGGGCUGUUGGUGAAUUACAAAAGCUUGAGCAAAGAAGGCAGCAGAUUCAAGGUAGCAACGCACCUUUGCGUCAGGAGAUCAAAAGUAAACGGGACCUUCUUCAUAAUAAGGCGGAUACCCUCGAAGCGAAACGUCGCGCGCUUAAGAAUAUCGAGGCGAACGUGAAUGCCUUGACUGAUCAAGUUAACGCACAUGAAGAGGAAUUAUCUACACCAUUCGAAAAGGCCUUAACCAACGAUGAAGAGGCUCGCCUUGAAAACUUGAGUUCUGCGGUUCAGGAUCUUCGACGCCAGCACUCGGAGUUAUCGAGUAAGCGCAGUGAGAUAGAAACGCGAAAGUCGAUUCUAGAAGUUGAAUUGCGAGAAAACCUCCAUCCUAGGCUUGACCAGCUAAUAGGCCAUUAUCUCGAUGGGGGUGAUGAUACAAUUCAAGGAAAUUUGAAGGAAAGCCAGCGUCAGAUUAAAAAGCAGAACAAAGAAUUGGAGAAGCUCAAUCGUCGACUAGAGCAAUUAGAAGACUCCAUCGAAGAGAAGAAUAAUGAGGCAUCCCAACUUGAACAACGUAAGGCGGAAAUCAGACGGGAACUUGAUGAGCUUUCCAAGUCAAUUGAGAGGCAUCAACGGCGAAUGGAGAAGAGCAUGCAAAAGAAGGCGGCGCUAACAAAGCAAGCGACCGAAUGCAGUGCUAAUAUCCGUGCCUUGGGUGUGCUACCUGAUGAAGCCUUCACCAAAUUUAAGAAUGCCGACUCCAAUACCGUCGUGAAACGAUUGCACAAGGUAAAUGAAGCGUUGAAAAAAUACUCUCAUGUCAACAAGAAAGCCUUCGAGCAGUACAACAACUUCACAAAACAGAGAGAGACGCUGAUGAAGCGACGAGAAGAAUUGGAUGCGUCGCAUAAAUCGAUUGACGAGUUGAUCAUGAUCUUAGACCAGAGAAAAGACGAGGCAAUUGAGCGAACGUUUAAACAGGUAUCCCGCGAGUUUGCCAAAAUAUUUGAAAAGUUGGUUCCUGCUGGACGGGGCCGGCUUAUUAUCCAGAGGAAAACGGACCCUACCAAUCGGCAGGAUGAUGAUAUUGAUUCUGACGAGGAAGAAGCACGUCGUAGUGUCGAGAACUAUGUGGGUGUCGGGAUCAGUGUCAGUUUCAAUAGCAAACAUGAUGAGCAACAGCGAAUUCAGCAACUCAGCGGCGGUCAGAAGAGUCUGUGUGCCCUUGCGCUUGUCUUCGCAAUCCAAGCAUGUGACCCUGCUCCGUUUUAUCUAUUCGACGAAAUCGACGCCAACCUCGAUGCACAGUAUCGUACCGCUGUGGCGCAAAUGCUUAAGUCAAUUUCGGAAGAAACAAACGGUCAAUUCAUCUGUACCACGUUUAGACCAGAGAUGCUCCAUGUUGCCGAAAAGUGCUACGGUGUCAGUUUCCGCAACAAGGCCAGCACCAUUGAUGUAGUGUCAAGAGAGGAAGCGUUAAAGUUUGUGGAAGAACAAAAGACCUAAAUAUGAUGGUCGGCAUCUUCAAUCCCACUAUUAUCAUCUUCUCUUUGCUGGGAGUUGAAGGGGGCACAGGCGUUCAUCAGGGCGACUCCUUGACGAUUGCAAUGAUGAUGGAUUGGGUUUCUUUCAAGUUUGCAGUCAUAUGUGUAAUAUACAAUAUCUAAUUUGUAACACUGCGCGGUUUUACAUGCA